AUGGCGAGUUACAACAUUCCAAUGACCCAUUUAGAGGCUGGCGAGUUAGUAUCUCUGAAUCUAUAUAGAGGAUAUGAGAUUGAUCUUGAUAGACUCCAAGGACCAAUGAUGAUCUGUCAUCCAACCAUUGAUCCUUGCAUUUCAGGAGAUUAUUUGGAAAGUUUCAAUGUCUUGUUGUACAUGUCCUCUCUUAAUGUAAAUGCUAGUAGUAGUAGUAGAAGUAGUAGUAAUAUUAAUGCUCAUAACAGCUUUUCUUCAUUACUUGAAAUCAAUCAAGAAUUACCCAUCAUGUUUAUUGGACAUGUCUCCAGAGUGAAGAUUCUCUCAAUCAAGACAUUCGAUCAUGACGAUGAGACAAAAAGACACCUUGUUAAUUUAUCUCUUUCAUGGAUUAAGGGAUUUCCAACACUAGGAAUUGAAACCUAUCAGAAUUAUCCUUACUUGAGUCGAGUGACUUUAUUGAAUCGUUCAUUCACCAUGUUAGGUUAUGGAAUUGUUGUGAAAAAACUAAAUUCAAAUCAACACCAACAACCCUACGCCAAAUUACGACAUUGUCAACGAUUCCAUGACGUAAUUGUUGUCUCUCACCUAACUUUGAUGUGUUGA